GGCCAUUUUAAAUUAGGAACCCUGGAAAAACUCCGAAGACCUUUCUCUGCUAAAAAAUGGUUGCUUCUCCGUCAAGGUUAUUGCAAUCCGGGCUUCUUUCCUAUUCUAGGGUUAGGAUUUUUACUUGGGGUUUCUCUGCUCCUCAUGACGUUUCAAAGGUGCCUUUAAUGGCGAUUUACUCUACUCUAAAAGAACGCAAUUUUCAUGACGAGCGGCUUAAUGCUUAUCAAACUGAACAAGUAAUGGAUCAGGCUUCAAAGGAGCAAGUAAUAGAGUCCUCCACCCCAAAUGGUACGAAGAAGGGUUGGAGCUUUCUAAAGUUCUGUGUUUUCAGUGCCCUAACUGGUGGUGUGGCUGCUGGUUCGUAUGCUACGUAUGCAUAUUCUCUGGAGGAAGUGGAGCAAAAGACAGCUGCGCUACGGAAUCCAACAAAUUACACUGUCGAUGGUGAUGGUUCGAUCUUCGAUAAAAUGCAGGCGUCCUUGUACAAUGCAGUUGUGACAGUGCCUGCCAAAUCUAUACAACUGUACUUGGAUCUCAGGAAGUCCAUUGAAGACCAUGUUAAGGGAUUUACUGAACCAUCAUCAGAGAAGUUACUUCCAGAUAUAUUACCUAUUGAUCAACAUAAGUUCACUUUGGUAUUGGACCUUAAUGAGACAUUAGUAUACUCUGAUUGGAAGCGUGAAAGGGGCUGGAGGACAUUUAAAAGACCUGGAGUAGAUGAUUUCUUAGAGCACCUUGCUCCGUACUAUGAGAUAGUUGUGUAUUCUGAUCAGCAAAGUGUGUAUGUUGACCCUAUCAUUUCGAGGCUUGAUCAAAAGGGUCUUAUAAGAUACAGGCUUUCAAGAGCAGAGACCAAAUAUGUCGAUGGAAAGCAUUACAGAGACUUUUGUAAGUUGAAUAGAGAUCCUUCACGAGUGCUAUAUGUUAGUGGGCAUGCAUUGGAGAACAGUCUGCAACCUGAAAAUUGCGUGCCUAUCAAGCCAUGGAAGCUUGAAUCAGAUGAUACACAACUUUUGGAUCUUAUACCUUUUCUUGAAUAUGUUGGGAGCCAUAAACCAGCUGAUAUAAGGACUGUUCUUCAAACAUAUCAAGGUUGUGAUGUUGCGAAAGAAUUUCUCGAGCGUCGCAGAAAGCAUCAAAGGAGGUGGUCUGAGCAGAAGGUGCAGGGUGGCUUUUGGAAAUGGGGAAGUUAAACUAAUGGGAUGUUUCUACGUUUGAAAAUCAUGUAUGAAGCAAAAUGGACUUUGCAGAUUUAUGAGCAGUUUGUUUGUGUGACAAACAAAGCUUCUACUCUUCCACCGAGGAGCCGUUCGCAACGAGAAGCAAGGGAUGUCGUGAACGGUGGGAGGUCAGAGAAUUUACCUAUUGAUAGAAUUCUCCUAUGGUCAAUAUCAAAUCUUUCCUUCUUUCGAAAGAAAAACAUAUACCUAUGCUAUAUCUUCUGGAGAUACAUCGAUCUAAAUCUCUUGAUUCAUUGGUAAAUGUGGUCCAGUCUAUCCUUUGUCAUUCAAUAGGGUCUACCGUAACUCUCGGGCAAUUUCAUUCCACUCAUCGGAGUGUUAUUGUUUCAUAAGGUACUAAGGGAUCACAUGUAGGUCGGGAUUUCUAUUCAUGUUCCAUGAAGGCUUGUAUUUCGAUGCUUAGCCUUGAAGGUGUAGAUGUUGUUUUUUUCUUUUUUCAUUAUUAUUUUCCUUUGACUGCUUUUUCGAGCAUGAAUGUUUGUUGGUGCCUUUUGUCCUUUUUUCCGUUCCUUUUUUUGGGGGAAGUUGGUUGGGAGGAGUUGGGGAAAUGGUGUUGAUGGAACCUAUUGAUCUUAUGUUUGAAUUCGUUGUGUAACUGAUAUUUGAAAUUUUGGUACGUUUGUUCCAAUAUGGAAAAAAAUUGAGAAGCAUGGAACUGAA